GGGGUCGCCGACAUCAGCUGCCGUCUCUGUGCAGCGUAUGACCGAGGCAGAAGCCCCCCAGGCAUUCCUCGACAUAUUUGAGGCCACGGCGGCGGGGUGCGGAAGGCCCGAAGAAGAAUAGGGCGUGUGACUGCUGCUGCUGCUUGCAAGGGAGGUGCAGCGGGCGGCGCUUAGCCUGCCGGCGGCCUCCCGUAUGUGCUUCCUGGACCUGAGGCGGGCGGUGCUGAACCGGACCGGCUGCGCCUCGGAGGACCACCGGCACCGGUUUCGGGUGCUGUGCCUUGGACCGGAGUACCGCCCAUUCCUGCUGGAGCAGCAGCUGCAAGACGCAGCGACGCGCUGGCUGCAGCCGGGGGACAGCGACGGCCGGGUGUUGGAGCUGGUCGUUCUGGAGCAAUUCCUGGAGGCGAUCCCGACGCAGACGUCGGCCUGGGUCCGCUACCCUCGCCCGCGGGAUCUGGCAGCGGCGGUGACGCUGGCGGGGGACCACCAGUGCCAGCGCCGUGCAGGCCGCGCGCAGCAAGAGGCGGUGGCGCCGCUGGUUCCACGGCACCGCACGACUUGACAAUUCUGCUAUUGACUCGCAGGUCCGAACGGCAGCGAGUCAACGCCGCGCCGACCGCACGCCACGAGUGGAGGCUGCGUUGCCCCUUCUAAUUCAGUAUAUUUGCUAAGUAUUGACUUUUGUAAUCAGUCUGACCUAAGCCUUGAUAAUAAUAUUUGUGAUUCAAACAUGCUUUCAUAACAUUUGACAAGGUUGUCAACUGUAAGUAGGUUGGAUAUAAUUAUUGCAUUCAACUCAAGAGUAAGAUGAUUAAUUCAGUGUUAAACUUUGUGUGGGCCCCGGGCCCCUCUGCAGUAGAAAAGUUGGCCCCCGGGUUAAA